GAUUAUCUAUGAUCCUUUCAAGAAAGCCAAGUAUCUCUCCUCUUGAUGCCUUCUACAAUCUGUUCUAUUGCAAAAAAAUGUUAUGUGCAUGACACAAAUGUGGACUUUGCCUUUGUAAAGUUCCAUGCUUUUGCUAUCUGAAAAUGCCCAUUCUGGAGACACCUUCGGCAAGCUUCCCUCACUCAGUGCCACAAUUAAAUCUUACUGGCCUCUGAUUUUCUUCCUAUUGAUAGGAACUUGCCAUGGAGUCAUUGCAGCCCGAAGAAUGGAGUUGCAACAUUCCGAGGUUUCGAUUCCGACGCACUCCAACUUUUUCCGUUUUGCCCUGAGGGGGAGGCAGAGGGCGCUAUCCUGUGCCGGCAACCCCAUGGUUUGCACCAACCGCGAGCAGAACCCAUGGGGAGGUGACACAUGUUGCUUUGGCCUGUACUGCAAGGACACCACAAGGGACGCGAGCCACUGCGGCAUGUGCGGCCACGCCUGUGCCUACGGCCUGGUAUGCUGUGGUGGAAAAUGUGUCGACGUUCAGAGUGAUCUUCACAACUGCGGUUCCUGUUUUGAGGAGUGCCCUGCACAAAGUGCUAAGUACAAGUUCUUGAAAAACCAGUGAUGAUCAUCUGCUAUUUCAGUAUUCAGAUCUGCACCAAUCUGAAGAAAACUUUCUUUCAUGAAAAUAAGCGAUCUUCCUCGCAAACAAUUGGAAUAUUUCAUGGCAAUCUGUCUUGUACAUCAUUCAUAUUGUGAACAAUAAAUUUGACAUUUGCCAUUAAUUGGCAGGUCAAGCUG